AGGCUGUAUGCUGCUGCUGGCAUCUCUACCGUCGCUCUGCUCGGAGCAGGCACUUGGCUCAUUCUCUGAGGGAAUCACUGCCCUCUAGCACUGCACCUACCAGGUGUCGACCAUGCUGCCGAUGCCCGUGCACUAGCAACUCUCACUCUGCUUGCGGUACGCGCUAUGCUGCUAGGGGGCCAUUUUGAACACCUGGCGAUGCGCCUCAACGACGGCCAAUUCGACUGUCCAAGAAGCGAGCCAAGCUCCAAGAGAUUUGUCUCUACUCCAUGAGGCUCAUCUUCCACAUCUGCAUCUACUACGGACAAUCGCUCAAUCGGGACCUUCUCGCAUUUCUGCUCUCACCCCAAACUCAUACCGCUCACACUUGCUCACGAACGCAGCCGCGCUCCGCACCCCGCUCUCCACAGCCUCACAGCCUCCACUCUCCCCGUCUCUUCCGUGCGCGCGCAACUCACCCCUCAUCCCAGAAUUCGAGCACGCAAAAUCGCAUCUCUGCUAAGAGACGUACGUCACAUCCAACAUGUAGUCUAAGCUUCUCCUCUCAUAUCUCGUCGACGCGCACUCUUGGUCUCCUGUCUACAUAUCUAUUACUUCACGUUCGCACGCCGAUGCUCUCAUCUAGGGGCGUGUGUGAGCGGAUCGGGUGUGGGUGUGGGGGCCAGGAUGGCCUGCAUAGCUUUGUGGUUCGCAGUACGUAAGAGGUAGAUCGAGGGCGAGGGGCUGUGGAGUUGAGGGUAGGUAGCAGCGACGCACUUUACCGCCUCGCUGCCACGACGUUGCAGACCACACGCACUUUUCUCGGAAACUC